GGUGUGCCCGCCCACCUCACUCCCCUCUGGAGAUAAGGCUCUCCGCUUUUCCGGCCUUCCGCCUCCGCACCCUCCCGUCUAUCCUCUCCGGCACGAGCCGUCCAGUCCACUUCACCUCGGUCCGACACCGCGACUACACCGGCGGCGCCCAGCCGACGCCGAGCCAAUGGUGGCUCCCGCGACACUCGCCCUCCGCCCCAGCGCGGCCCCCGCGCAGCCUCGUGCCGCGCUGCCCCGCGCCCGGGCCAGCUGGUUCGCGCCCGCCAUCAUCCGCACCUCCCCUCCCGUCGCCGCCUCCUACCCGCCGCGGCGCUUCAGCGGCGUCCGCCGCGCCGUGGCCGUCGAUGCAGACCAGCAAGGCUCUCCCGAGCCUCCAGAGCAGGAGAAGAGGCCCAAGACGUACUACUUCCUGGUGGCGAACGCCAAGUUCAUGCUGGACGAGGAGGAGCACUUCCAGGAGCAGCUCGCCGAGAAGCUGCGCAACUACGGCGAGCGGGACAAGGAGCAGGACUUCUGGCUCGUCGUGGAGCCCAAGUUCCUCGACAGGUUCCCCGACAUCACCAAGCGCCUCAAGCGCCCCGCCGUCGCGCUUGUCUCCACCGACGGCAACUGGAUCACAUUCAUGAAGUUAAGGCUAGACAGGGUCUUACAAGACCAGUUCGAUUCAGAAUCAGUUGAAGAGGCAUUGGCUUCUAACCCUGUUGAGUUGAAAUUUGAGAAGCCUGAGAAAUGGACAGCUCCAUACCCUAAGUAUGAAUUUGGAUGGUGGGAACCCUUCUUGCCUCCAAAGUCCAGCAAUGGCACAGCAUAGAGAUAAGCAGCAAUGCGUACGAGGCAUGUAAGAUUACUCCCAUGUAAGUGAUGAAUGUAAUUUUAAUUUUGAUGAUGAGGAUGUAGUACUUGAGGUUGUACGAUUACAGUUAGUUGAAUUAGUUGCAGAGGUUUGGUAAUACCAAAUAAUCAGCUGUUUUGUUUGAGAAA